AUGCCUGUUGACUACAGUAAGUGGGAUGCCCUGGAGCUCAGCGACGAUUCAGAUAUUGAAGUUCAUCCCAACGUCGAUAAGCGUUCCUUCAUCCGGGCCAAGCAGAAUCAAAUCCACCAAGCUAGAUUCGAGCGUAAAAAUCAGAUCGAGACGUAUAAGUAUGAGCGCAUCAUCAAUGAUGGCCUCCUCAAGCGCAUCAACGCUCUCCUCGCCGCUCUGCAAUCCCAUAACAAGGAGAUCCAGAGCCGCAGUCCAGAUGAGCUGGUCUUCCAAGCAAUCAUGGAGUCUGUUAGUGCUUCGGACGGAGACCAGCCCCCGCCCCCACCAGUUGGUGUCCACACCCAAGAGAAAGAGCCAACUAGCUAUUCAAAGAUGAUGGCUGCUCUGGUCGAUCAGGUUAAGUCAAAAGUUGACGAGGACAAGCCAGCGGAUGCGGAUCGAUUCGAGGCGUAUGUUAAGGAGAUCACUUCGCACAAGACAAAGGUUGAGGGUCUACAAACGCAGCUGCUAGCUGAAUUGAACAGGUUGGAAGUAGAAGAGGCCAAGAAGAUUACAAGUGAGGGUCUCCACGACGGCUUUAACAGUUCUCAUGUCACCAAAGCCGACACUAUUGCAUCCACUACAGAGGUGAAGAAGACGAAGAAUGAUAAGAUCCAGGCGGUCGAAGUGUUGAACCCAAAUGUUUUGGCAGCACGAGAUCCGGAUGGCACGCAGUCGUCAGGUGCCGAUGCAGAUGUCGACGAGCCAGAUGCAGACGAGGAAGACGACGAGGAAACGGAGCCGACGGAGCUGGGUAAGGCGUUCUCCAAGAUCAAGAUCGGAGAUUAUCGAGCCUCGCUGCAAUACAUCUCUGCCCACCCACCAGUACUAGCUGAAAGAGAGACUGAUGCUUUGCUGGUUAUGGCAUUCAACAAUUGCAUGGAUGGGAAGGAAGAUUUCGCCCGGCAAUGCGUACACCAAGGGCUCCUGCUACAGUAUUGCAGAGCCCUUGGCAAGGAUGGAGUUGGUCUAUUCUUCAAGCGCAUCACCACCCAAGGCCACCAAGCCCAGAAAGUCUUCUUCGAUGAUGUUAACUCUACCUUCCAAAAGAUCAAAUACAGAUCCAAGGAGCUUGAGAAGCAGCGAGCACAACAAGAAGCAGACGGUAGAGGUGGAGUCGAGCAAAUCCAGUUACAUGCUGUUGAUCCUGGAACGUCCAUCAACAUUACAAUCCCUCCUGCUACGAGCGAGAACCCAGAGGAAAUCAAGGCGAGAGAGUUGUUUGAGGCUUUCCCACCAGGCCUGCAAAAGGCUUUGAAGAGUGGAAGCUUGGAUGAGGUCAACAAAGUGUUGGGUAAGAUGAGUGUUGAGGAGGCCGAGGAGGUUGUUGCUCAAUUGGGCGAGGGCGGUAUGUUAUCUUUAGAGGAGCAAAUCAUCGAUGCCACUACCGAGGAAGGCCAAGCCGCGUUGAAGGAUUUCGAAGAGCAAGAGCGAGCUGCUGCUAAGGCCAACGCUGCAUCUUUGAGCAAUUAUUCUGAAGACCCAGAAUGA